AUGGCUUCCCGAUGUGCACUGUCAGCGUGGCCUGUCCCGCAGUGUCACCCUGCUCGGUUUUCCUGCAGGACAGAGAGGGAUGCCUCCAACUGGUCCACGGAGCGGCUGAAAGCUCUCCUCCUGCCUGUCAGGGUGGAGGGUGAGGAAGGGGCAUGUGAGGUGACAGAAGUGAGCAAACUGGAUGGAGAGGCCUCCAUUAACAACCGCAAAGGGAAACUUAUCUUCUUCUAUGAGUGGGCUAUCAAGCUGGCGUGGACUGGCACCUCAAAGACAGGAGUGAAGUACAAAGGUUAUGUGGAGAUUCCUAAUCUCUCAGAUGAAAACGACAUCGAUGAAGUUGAGAUCCUUGUCAGCCUUGCUAAAGAUGAGCCUGAGACUAACUUGAAGACCCUGAUGAAGCAAGAGGGUGCAAAGAAAAUUAGGGAUGCAAUGAAAACUUACAUCAGCACUCUGAAAACGGAAUUCACCCAGGGCAUGAUUUUGCCCACAGUGAACGGUGAACAUAUGGAAGCAGCACCUCAGGUGGCUCCUAAAGCAGAAGAGCGCAAGACGGCUGCCAGGAGCAGCACUGCCAUACCACAGUCCAAAUCCAUAGGAGUCAAGAUCCCUACCUGUAAGAUCAGUUUGAAGGACACCUUCUUAACAUCUCCUGAGGAGCUCUACCGGGUAUUUGUUACUCAGGAGAUGGUCCAAGCUUUCACCCACGCACAAGCCACCUUGGAGGCUGAUAAAGGAGGCAAGUUUCAGUUGCUGGAUGGCAGUGUCACAGGAGAGUUUGUUGACCUAGUUCCUGAGAAGCAACUUGUUAUGAAAUGGAGAUUUAAAUCUUGGCCAGCUGGGCACUUUGCAACCAUUACCUUGAACUUCAAUGACAAAGGUGGCGAGACAGAGGUGUGCUUGGAAGGCAAGGGCGUUCCUGCCAGUGAGGAAGAAAGAACAAAGCAAGGCUGGCAGCGCUACUACUUCGAGGGCAUUAAACAGACAUUUGGUUAUGGUGCUCGCUUGUUUUAAUAGCGGUUGCUGGGAGGCUCUGCCUGAAGACUCUGCCACAUGGACUGAUAAAAUUCUCGCCUGCUCCUUUCUAAUCUUGGCCCUGCCGCAGAGUAGAGUUGGAUGACAGGUGAUGAGGAGGGCCAUGGAGCAGCACCACUUUCAGUCCCUCACUGCUUUGUGCAUGUCUUGUGCUGCAGGGGAUUCUCUUACAUGUACAUACUUCUAUUGCUAAAUAAACCUAACUUAAAAAAACA